AUGGGUUGCCCUAAACGUGGUUUAGCCCGUCUGCCAAAAUGGUUUAUUGGGAAAUGGCUAAUGUGCAUGGUACAGCUUCUUGAAGCCACAGAUGGUCCAAUAAUCUAUGCAGCAUACUUAAAAAUGGAGCACAGUGAGGAGAACAUGAAAUUCUGGCUGGCGUGUGAGACAUACAAAAAAAGUGCAUCACGAUUUAUCAGAAUCUCUAAAGCCAAGAAGCUUUACAAGACUUAUAUUCAACCUCAAUCCCCUAGAGAGAUUAAUAUUGACAGCCCCACCAGAGAAGCCAUCAUUAAAAAUAUUCAAGAACCCACACAGAAUUGUUUUGAUGAAGCUCAAAAAAUUGUAUACAUGCACAUGGAGAGAGAUUCCUACCCCAGAUUCCUAAGGUCAGAAUUAUACCAAAACCUCAUCGAAAGUCUGCAGUUGGACAGCCACACCUGAAAAGCAAAAAUGCCAUUUCAGAAACUGAAUAUGGUAAAUAAAAAGCACUUUCUUUGUUCUGUUAACACCCUCUAUAUAACAAAAUUAACAGAGGAAAGUGAGUAAAGGAUGAAUUUGUAGCUUCCAAAUAGGCAAUCUGCAAACUUUAGAAAUAAAAGAUAAAUCCAGUAUAAUGUUAUUAUCAUGUCAAAUGGAUUAUAACACAGAGAAAUCAUGUACCUACCUCCCAGGGAUGUUGUAAAGAUAAAAUAAAAUUUUUGUAAAGUACUUUGCAAACUCUUAAGUACUAUUUAAAUGCUAGCUAGCUAAUAUUUGAUUUAAUAAUUUAUAUUUAAGGCAGAUGUUAGAAUUAUCUCCAUAACACCAACAUUAAAGAGGUUCUACUAGAGUGAAUUUAUCUAUUGAUCACGUUCCUGGAACACACACACACACACACACACACAUACACUCUCUCUCUCUCUCUCUCUCUCUCUCUCUCUCUCUCUCUCUCUUCAGGACUUCAAAAGUUGUACUUAGAUAAAGACUAGCUCUAAAGUAAAUUAUGUACUAUAAAGAAAAUAUUCUUUAAUAAAUUUGCUUAAUGAAAUACAUCCAUAAAAACCAAGCACAAAUUAAAACCUUAGUAACAAUAACAAAGGUGUGGUCUUAGAAACUAUGUAACUUGAAUAGUAUCUCAUGUAUGUGAUAUUUUACAUGCAUACUUUUCCAUUGCUUUGUAACUUACUAAACUUCAAUCAUUAUACACUGCAUGUACAAAAUGUAUUAUGUUUCCUAGUUGCAUAACUAAGGGAUUUUUUCUAUUUAUACUGGAAUACAUUUUAAAUAUGAAAAAAUAUGUCCUAUUUCUGGGUUUUUUAAAAAUAAUGAUAUGAAUGUAUCAGGCCAGACUCUGAUAUAUGAAUUGUUCUCUGAUCUUAUUGAUAUAAAUAGUGCCUUCUCCUCUCCCUCCCUCCUCUAGACAGACUAUAGUGCUUCCAUCCCAAGGCUCACCCCAUGCAAUUAUUAUCCUACUUUUUAUAACAUAUAGAUGGAUAAAUUAAACAAUAUUCUAAUGACCUUUGCCUGUAUCUUUUAGUAUUUUGUGGAUCACACUGGCCAUUAAAUAUUUCUGUUUAUAUGAAAGAAGGAAGAAAUAGAUUUUGGUACAAAUUAAAAUUUACAUAUCACAUCAAUCAGAAACAUACAUCACUCUUCCCUUAGUGCCAAUCGCAUGGGAAGAUGUGAGAAAUAUAGCACAUGUAUGUGAAAUUACUUCCCUGGAACAAUCACAGAUAUUAAAAGAACACUUUGUCCAGCACUAUCUUUUUGCAAAGUUCAGUUCAAAAAACAUUUAUAAAGUACCCAUGAUGUACAAGACAUUAGUAUAAGGUAUACCACAAUAAAGAUUAGCUCCUUCCUUCCAGCAACUUUUACUCUAUUGAUGGACAACAGUUGGAAUUGAUAUUUUUCAGUGUAUUCAUGGUAACCUAUUGGUGAAGACCAUUUUGAGGAGAGGACUUGUGACUUUUCUUAAAUCACAGAAGUAGGUUACUAUUUUUAAUACACAGUAAGCAUUUAAUAAAUGUAUCUAGAAUUGAAAUUGAUUCAAAUUUAAUUUCAUUAGUCUACUAAUAAUAACUGUUGAUAUUUAUAGAGAAAUUCUGUGAAAUAGAUGUUAUAGAUAUUAUUAUCCCCAGUUUAGAGGUGAGUAACAUGAGACUCAGGGAAGUGAUGAUUGGCCUGUAGUCACACAGUUGAUAAGUGGUGGAGCUAACAUUUUGAACCCAAGUUUUCUUGCUUCCAUGCCCAGAAAGCUUUUUACUAAAUUAUGCUGCCUUUCCACACUCCUGAGGAGUUCAUAUUUUGAAGGACUAUUUAAAUAUAUAACAUUUUUUCCUUCUUGGGAUCAUUUUUAAAUAUUCCUAUUUUAAUUUGGUAAAAUGCUUCCCAAUGGUCUUGAUGCUUCUAAUAAGUGAAUCCUUCUUUUAGUUCAUGGGGGUAUAUCAGCUCUUUUAUAUCACCAGGUCACAUAUCUUGAAGAUAUUUAAAAAAUCAAUACCCAGAAAGAUUAAUUCACUUUCAAACAUAAAUGAACAAUUUACUUCUUUUAAAUGAUCAAGAUCCAGGAUUUCUAAUAUAUACAUAUAUAUAUAUGUAUAUAUAUAUAUAUAUACAUAUAUAUAUAAAGGUUUUGAAUGAAUAAUGUUUUCUCCUCCUUAAAAAUAAAUAAUAAAAAAUUACAACAAUAAUAGAAAUCAUAAUCCCUGAUUUGCUAAUCAGAACAUAUCCUACCUCUAUAUCUGAGACGAGGAAUACCCAAAAUAAAAUAUAAAAUGAAAUCACUCAUUAAAUGGAACAUAUUUGCUACGCUAAGAAGUUUUGAAAUCUUUAGUCAUAUAGAAAUUCAGAAAUAGAAAGGACUUUUCCUUAUGGGAGCAUUAUAUCCAACACCUCAUUUUAUAGAAAAAGAAAAUGAGGCACAGAGAAGUUAAAUGAUUUACUAAGAUCACACAACUAGUAAAUUUCUGAGGGUAACUUAAGUCACCAUAAUUCCAAGUCCACCAUCUAUUCACAAUGUUACCUCAUUGCUUAGUAAAUCUACUUAUGCUAUAAAGAUGCAUUGGAUCAGACUGGCAUGAGUAUCCAUUAUAUUUGAUAUCACAGACUCUUGGCUAUAUUUCUUACUAGAUAUGUGAUUUAAAAUUAAUCAUUUUUAUAUCUCUGGGCCUCAGUUUCAUUGUCCAUUAAUGGGUCUAAUAAUCCUUACACCUAAAGGUGGCAGACCAUAAUUCUUUUUCUCAAAUUUGGACUCACAGUUUUGAAAGUCUGGAAACUAUUUUUUUUUUUUUUUUUUGCUGCUUUUGAUUGUUUUUGUUGUUGUUGUUUUCAGUUCUCUCAAGGAUGACCUACAGGACAGAAUCAUUCUAACCAAAUUAAGAAUAUAUUAACUCACAAUGGAUUAAAGGACAAUUUGUCUUCUUAUGAUAAGAAACAAUCAUAAGAGCUAGUAUUUAAUAAUAUUUUCAGAUUUGCAAAGCUCUCUAUAAACAUUACUUCAUUUUAACUUCUCAACAACCCUGAAAAGUAGGUGCUAUUAUUACCCCCAUCUUACAGAUAAGGAAACCGAGGCAGUUUCCUCAGUUUCCUCAGUUCCUCAGAUAUUUGACCACGAUCACACAGCUAGUAUCGGAGGUGAGAUUGAAUUCUAGUUUUUCUGACUCUAGGACUCUACCUACUGUGCCAUCUAGGUGCUUCUGCCAAAGAGGUCUGCCACUAUCAUGGAAGGUGUAUAUAAUUAAGUCCAAAUAAAGACAGAUUUCCUAUAGAUAAUAACCUUUGUUGGUAACAUAGUAUUCAUUGAAUCAAGGCUCAAAAUACCAAAGAGCUUCCUGAAGAAAUUUAUCAACCACUCAAAAGAGCUUGACAUCUAUAACCCUACAGGUCUGUGUGAACACACAGGGACUUCAGGGAAGAGAUCACAGGUUACAAAGUUUUAUUCAUUUUACCAGUCAAAGAUUUAAAAAAAUAACAUUUUGGUGAAAUUAUUUGAAAUACAUUUGAUCAAUUUUCCUCUGCCAGAAAGUUUGAGUGUGUGUGUGUGUGUGUGUGUGUGUGUGUGUGAGAGAGAGAGAGAGAGACCUAGAAGAAUGUCAUUUAUCCCUUUAUUUAGCACUAAAUUUUCUCUGUAUUUUCUAUAAACUGAGAUUUUAUAUCUAAUUCUCAUAAAUUCUGUCAGAUUUAGAAAGCUUUUGAUGUAGCAACUCACUCAUGCCUUCUCUUAGCAUUUGCCAGAGAGCUGAAUUUUAAAAUUGACAGAAUGACAAUUACUGGAGUGAAGGGAAUUUUUGUUUGUUUAAUUACCUUUGUUCACUACUUCUCAGAAAACUAUAUUUAAAUGGAUGGAAAGCAUCUUUGGGUGCUGAUUACUUGGAAAUAAAAAUGCUUAGAAGAUUGAAAUUUUAAAAAUAUUCUCUUUGAAGCAAUACUAAAUAUAAAAAUAGUGCACUCAUGUUUUACUAUAAUGACCAUCAAAACUAUGACUUAAUUCUAGAGGGAUCCUAAGAAAGCCAAAAAUACAGUCCCUGCCAUCCACAAAUCUGUAUUCUAAUGAAAGAAAUAAUACAUAAAUAAUUAUGCAUACCAGGUUUAAAUACAUGCAUUCAUUACUCUGUCUUUUAUGACAAUCUUGGUAAAAUUACAAAAGGAAUAUCAAUACAAAUGGCUGCUGGUCCAAGGGAAAUAGAUAUUUAUCCUAUCAAAUAUCCCUUACAUUGCAAUGUACUGAAUAGGCAGAAAAUAGGAUGAGCAAAGAAUCAGAGGGGAGAAGAAAAACUCAUUUUCAACAUUAUCAGAUGAAGUAGGGAUGUAAUUUUUUUUUCCCAAAAAGUUUGUAAAGGUAGCCUCUGUUUACAUGUAAAUUUUGAAAUGCUGAAUUUAUGAUGGAUUCGAGCUGUCAGGAUAAGCUUAUUAAAUUCUAUUUGGAGGUCAGA